AUGGGCGGGCGGCCUUCAAGCCCCCUGGACAAGCGGCAGCAGCAGCACCUGAGGGAUCAGGUGGAUGCCCUGCUGAGGAACUUCCUGCCCCAAUACCGCGUGCAGCUGGCAGCCUCUGUCCUGCAGCAGAUUUCCCGGGAGCUAGUCCCCCAGGAGCUGGCUGGAAGCCAAUUGCUGCACAGCAAAAAGCUUCCCCGAGUCCGUGAGCACCGAGGACCCCUGAUCCAGCUGCGGGGCCACCCGCCCCAGUGGCAGCCGAUCUUCUGUGUCCUGCGUGGGGAUGGCCACCUGGAGUGGUUCAGCCACAGGGAGGAAUAUGAAAAUGGGAGCCGUCCUCUGGGCUCCACGGCGCUGACAGGGUACACAGUCCUGACUUCCCAGCGUGAAUAUCUCCACCUGUUGGACACUCUCUGCCCAGACUCCUCGGGAGACCACACACAGGAAGAGCCUGACCCCCUCCUGGAAAUGCCGGUGAACUUUCCCCUGUUCCUGCAGCACCCCUUCCGAAGGCAUCUCUGUUUCUCUGCAGCCACAGGGGAGGCGCAGCGUGCGUGGAGGCUUGCCCUGCAGGGUGGCAUCCGGCUUCGUGGCACAGUCCUGCAGCGGAGUCAGGCUCCUGCCGCGCGUGCCUUCCUGGAGGCCAUACGGCUCUACCGGCAGCACCAAGGCCACUUUGGCCAUGACGACAUCACGCUGGGCUCGGACGCGGAGGUGCUGACCGCAGUGCUGGUGUGGGAGCUGCUGCCGGGGCUGCGAGCCCAGACUCAGCCUGGCUUGCGGGGGGCCGGCCGAGCCAGAGCCUGGGCCUGGACCGAGCUCCUGGAUGCGGUUCACGCCACCGUCCUGGCCGGGGCCUCUGCGGGGCUCCGCGCCUUCCAGCCCGAAAAGGACGAGCUGCUUGCGGCCCUGGAGAGGACCCUCCGGCCGGACGUGGACCAGAUGCUGAGGCUGCGGGGGCGCGUGGCAGGGAAGCUGCGGGCCGAGGUCCAGGGCCCCCUGGAGUCGUGCCUGCGCGGGAAGGUCGACGAGCAGCUGCCUCGCGUCACGCAGACUCUGCUGAACACGGUGCAAGCAGCGCUCGCGGCGGUGCAGACCCUCCUAGCCGAGGGCAUGGACCGCCUGUCUCGCCACCUGCGUGGGAGUCCCUCCGGCGCCCGGCUGCGGAAAGAGGUUUACUCAUUUGGUGAGAUGCCAUGGGAUCCAGAGCUGAUGCAGACCUGUUACCGUGAGGCUGAGCGGAGCCGGGGUCGCUUGGGGCGGUUGAUGGUACCCUUUGGCUUCCUUGGAGCACGAAGUCUGGUGUUUGGGGCCCAAGAUCUCGCACAGCAGCUCAUGGCCGAUGGCGUGGCCACCUUCCUGCAGCUGGCAGACCAGUGUCUGACCACUGCCCUGGACUGCAACCAGGCUGCCCAGCAGCUGGAGAAAGUCAGGGGGCGCGUGCUGAAGAAGUUCCAGUCGGACAGUGGCUCGGCGCAGAGGAAGUUCGUCCGUGGGUGGCAGCUCUGCGUCUUUUUGCCUUUUGUGCUGAGCCAGCUAGAGCCAAGCUGCAAAGCGGAGCUGCCUGAGUUUGAAGGGGAUGUUCUUGCUGUGGGCAGCCCUGCCCUGACCAUCGAGGGCAUCUAUGAGGAUGUCAUCCGGGGGAUCCUGCUGCAGAGGAUAGAUGGAGAAUUGAAGAAGGCCCUCAGUGCCAGCGGUGUGUCCUGUACUCUGGAUGGCUUCUCAGAGGCCCCAUGGGACCAGGUGGGAGCAGAUGAGGAAACUGAGGCUCAGAGAGGGACUUGCUCCAAGCAGCCAGGCUCCUGCACUGAGGUCCAGCCGCCCUGCCCACUGCCGUCUCCAGGGACAUUCCAGAGCUGAAUCUGUCUACAACCAUCUUCAUUACCAAUGGAUAAAUGUCUACUAGUGGAAUUCCUGAGUCAUAGGAACCAUUUUUAAAAAUAUAUGUUUUUAUUGACUUCAGAGAGAGGAAGAGAGAGGGAGAG